CUCCAUGUUUUUUACUUCCAUCUCAAUCAAACUCCUCGCUACUAUUUUUCCAACUUUUUUUUUAUUUGCUACGAUUUUUACUUUCUUCUUUAUAUUCUUGAAUCAGGUCUCUGUUUCUUUAAUAUUUGUGGUUUUUUUCACGAAAUGCGUAGGUCAGGAAUCCUUAGUUGAAGAGAAUUCUCUCGAUUUCAGAUACGAGGAACCCUAGAUCUGAGCCACAUUGCGCUGAAGCCCGUUUUAGUUCAUGUACUUUUCUUUUUGGGAGAAGUAGAGGAGUUAAGUUGAGUUGGCAGUGUAUCUAGCAGUGAGCUGCAAUGGGGAAGUCUGCUGGAAAGUGGAUUAAGACGGUGCUCUUUGGGAAGAAGCAUUCGAAGUCCAACUAUUCCAAAAAUGGGACACCUGAUAAAAAGGGUGCGCUGAAGUCACCAGUCGAGGAUCCGGCUAGAGAUUCCUCUUUUAUACCGGAUCAAUUGACUGAGAGAGGUGUUGAGAAAUUGGAACUCGAGAAAGGAACAUCUGCAUCUCAAUGUGAUGCUGCUGGUGUGGCUUAUGUGGACCAAGGUAUUGAUUCACCAAAGAACGAUGAGUUGGCUCCAGUCAGUGAUGAGGAGGCGAAGAGGCAAGAACAGGCUGCUACAAAAACUCAAGCAGUCUUUAGGGGCUACUUGGCUCGUCGCGCUUUUCGGGCUCUCAAGGGUAUCAUAAGGCUACAAGCUCUUAUUCGCGGACAUCUGGUUAGGAGGCAGGCUGUUGCUACUUUGCGUUCCAUGCGGGCAAUUGUUAAGUUCCAGGCACUGGCUCGUGGAAGAAGCAUUAGGCUCUCAGAUGAUAUACCUGAAGUGGGGAAAGUAGAGCUUCAGGUGGCUGUUGGGGCACAUUCGGGCUCAUUCCUUGGUUCGGAAAUGCUAGCAAGUCACCCAUUUAUCCAGAAGCUUCUUGCUACAUUACCGAAUGCUAUGCCUCUGAGUCUUCAAUAUGAUCCGGCUGAACCCAAUUCUGCUCAGAACUGGCUUGAGCGCUGGUCAUUAUCCCGCUUUUGGGAACCACCUGUGCGCACCAAGAAGACUAUGAAAUCAAAGCCUCAGAGGAAGCCAGAGUCUGAACAUGUGAAAUCAAAAAGGACUAUCCGAAAGGUGUCAACUAUGGCACAUGGGGAAAAUGGUGGUGUAGCCUCUUCUGAAAUGGAUAAGCCCAAACGCAUCUCGAGGAAAGUCGCAAGUCAAACAGAGGUGGUACAGGAGCAAAGCCCAAGUGAACUCGAGAGGGUUAAGCGCAACUUGAGAAAGGUUUCAGCAUCUGCAUUGGCAGCUCCUGAGAAACCUGAUCCCGAAACUGAGAAACCACAGCCCCUUCAGAGCGUGGAAAUAGUAGCGAGUCCUGCACCUCCUGCUGUUGUUGAGCAGGAGAUGGUGAUUUCUCCUGAAACCCCAGGGGAUUCAGAUGUUGUUGCAGUUCAAACAGGUUCAACAGAUUUGGUCGAGGCCCCUGAAAAAAUAACAAAGGAUGAGCCUGUUGAUGUGCAACACGAUAACUAUCCAGUUGCUGAGAUGCCUUCCUUGGAGAAUGGUGUGAAGAUAGAGAGUGCACCGUCUUUGGAUGAUGAAAUAAACUGCAAGGAUGAACAGAAUCACAAGGAGAAUCACAAGAUUAGGAAGAGGAAGUCCCUUCCAGCUAAUAAGCCAGAUUAUCCGGAAAAUAUCUCACAGAACUCCCCUAACUUGCCGAGUUAUAUGGCUGCCACUGAAUCUGCUAAGGCCAAGCUUAGAGCUCAAGGAGCCGCUGCUGCUAAAUUGGCUGAGGAAGCUAUUGAUUAUGGCAGUGCCCGUCGCCAUUCUCUACCAGCCCCUACUAAUGGAAAACUGAGCUCAUUGUCACCCAGGAUACAGAAGCCUGUGCAUGCUAAUGGCAAGGGAAGCAAAGUUAACAAAUCAUUGUCAGCCUCUAGAGACGACAAGGUGGUUCAGCCUGGUUGGAGGAGAUGAGAGAGUGUGUAGAAGUUUCGUCAGAUUGGAGGUCUCAGAAGCAUUGCACGACAAUGUAGCUGCGCUGCAGAGUUCAAUUUGGUUCUUGUGCAGUCCUUAUGUAAUGGAUGAAUGUGAACACGACAAGUUCUAGUUCGUUUGCUUUGAUGUUGUCUUUGCUCGUCUUUGUUUUGUAUUUGAGGGUUUUACUGAAGGAUGUAUAGCUGUAGAUGAAGAGUCUUUUAUGACCAUUUGAAAAUUACUGGCGUGCUUCAUAGUUUAAUUUGUUACUUCCCAAAAUACUGUAAGCUAACUGUUUUAUGGUGUGCGCUUUGUUAAAAAGCUUCUAUCUCUACUUCA